AUGCGCCACUAUAUCCCCUGUGCAUCGUUGCCGGCUAUCAGCGAAAUGAGUCUUGCUCAACUUAACAAAAAUGUCGCUUUCCUUCGAACAAGCUGCAACGAUAAUUGGUCCGUGCCGUUCUGUAAUUGUGAGUAUCCAAACGAAUCUCGAUGGAAAUUUUCUGCGAAAAAAACGAUGCCAUGCCGCUGCGGGGAAGAUACAUCCAAAAGACUCGAUUGGACAUGGAACAAAGAAUUAACGGUAGAAAUCGUGGUGUCAGGAACGGAAGUAAUUUUCCAUCCAGUGUACAGUCAAGGCACUAGCAUAAUUCGUGGCAACGAACCGUUACACCAGGGACGUCAUCAUUACUGGGAACUGAAGAUACUAUCUCCUCUAUCGGGAACAGAUAUCAUGUUUGGCAUUGGAACUGAUAAGGUAGAUUUGCUACGGCAUCAGUUUUCUUUCACAAGCGUGCUCGGCAUUGAUGACCAAUCAUGGGGUUACUCCUAUCGUGGCGUAGCCCAACACAACGGACAACUAAAAUAUUAUGGAAAAAAAUUUAGCCGAGGACGGAUCAUAGGCAUUUACGUCGACAUGUUUCGCGGUACCUUGGAAUACUAUCUAAACCGACGUUCACUGGGACGGGCAUAUUCGGGCAUUCCCAGAGAGGAAGGAAUUGAAAUUUAUCCCAUGGUAUCAUCUACAUCGGCUAAAUCUUCCAUCAAGCUUAUAAACGCCGCUUCGUUCGAAGAUAAUCUUAGGUUUAACUGCAUGAAGGUUAUAGCCAAAUACCCGAAACUUCUGGCACAGGUGAAUGCCAUACCAGGCCUAAGGACUGUUGUUCAAGAAUUGUGGUUUUUGCAACUUAGGGAACCUAGCCAAUCCGAAGAUUUCGCACUUAACAAUUUACAUUUGGCGGACGAAGCAGUUCUUUGUGGUAAAAAAUUAAAGCUUUUGGAUACAAUUAAUACAGCUGACAGUGGCGUCUCUAAAGCGUUAGAAAUCAAUUCAGAAGCGCAGAUUUAUGAUAACUUGAUGAGAAAUGAGGAGCUUGAUGAUAAAACCACAAGUUCAUCGAAAGUGCAUAAUGAUCGUUGUAGUGCUACUGAUUCCAACAGUGAGGAUGAUGAGAUAGCUGUGAUGAUACAGAAUCAAUUUUUUUAG